AUGAAUGGACUUUUAAUGGAUGGGUUUGGGUUUCACAUGAGGUGUUGUGCUCAUAUACUGAAUUUGGUUGUUAGAGAUGGAUUAAAAGUAGCCAGCACCUCAAUUUCAAGUGUUAGAAAUGCUAUUAGGUUUGUGAGAUCUUCACUCCAUAGAGCUUUAAAGUUCAAGGAGUGUGUGGAAUAUGUCGGGAUUACAUGUAAGAAGUCAGUAUGUCUUGAUGUUUCGACUAGAUGGAACUCGACAUAUUUGAUGUUAGAUGCGGCUGAGAAAUUUCAAACUGCUUUUGAUAAACUAGAAGAUGGGGAUGAAGACUAUAGGGAUUUAUUUGACGGUGAUUCCCCACCUAGUAGUCAAGAUUGGGAUAAUGUUAGAGUUUUUAUUAAGUUUUUGAAGAAAUAUUAUGAAGCGACAAAGGUUUUUUCUGUUUCAACAAAAGCAAGUUUGCAUACUGCUUUUCCAUUCUUGACUGAAAUCUACAUUGAACUUAAGAAAUUAAACAUGGACCUUAAUGGAUUGUUUGCAAAUGUAGCACGGGACAUGUUGGAAAAGUUUUGUAAGUACUGGGUUGAUAUCACUAAGAUGAACCAGCUCCUUUAUUUUGUUAUUAUUUUUGAUUCCCGGUAUAAGUUAAGAUAUGUGGAAUGGUGCUUUGAUGAUAUGUAUGGAAAAGAUUCAGACACUAAGAAAUCCGUAUUAAAAGAUAUCAAUGACAAUCUUUCAAAGAUGUUUGAUCUUUACAAACAAGCCCAUGACAUUGCUGGAGGCUCAGUCACAUCUGUUGCAGCUGCUGUUUCUCAUGGUGAAACGGCUGCCAGUGAUGAAUUACCCACAUAUAUAGCUAGAGAAAAUGCUUUUCAGGAACAUUUGAUGUCUAUUGAUUCAGUGGAAGAAGAAACCGAGCUUCAAAGUUAUAUUGCUGGAAAAUGUUUAACUUUCAAUGAAAAAGAUAAAGAAAAGUUCGACAUUCUUUGUUGGUGGAAACAUAAUGCGGGUCAAUACCCGGUUCUGUCCCAAAUAGUUAGAGAUAUCAUGCCUACACCAGUUUCAACUGUGGCUUCUGAGAGUGCAUUUAGCACGAGUGAGAGGGUUUUAGAGGUAUACAGAAGCUCUCUCAAAUCAGAAAUGGCCGAAGCUUUAAUUUGUACUCAGAACUGGUUGAGACCUACCUUUUACCAAUUCAAAGGCAUGGAAUUUAACGAGGAUUAUGAGAUAUCCGUGAAGAUAUUAGUUACAAGCUAA